CAUUUCCGGAACAUCGUUGGUGCCACGUAGAUUUUGUACUGAAAACUCAGGUGAAAAAAGGAGUGUUAUUUCAGAAGUCUCAAAAAAUAAUACGCAAAAAUUAGGACAACAAUGACAAAAAUUAUAAUCACAUAUUGCAUCAUUGCAGCUGUUUGCUUAAUAGAUGGACUUAUAGCACGCCAAACAGAACGUUCAAGAACUAACCCAUAUACUAAUACGAGUAUGCGUAACAAUUUUCAAGAAAUUUUCUAUAACAUGCACAAGUGCAUUAUUAAUUCGACUGAAAAUGAAAACUUUAUGAAUACUAUGCAAAAUAUAAAAGAGAACUCUUGCAAUAUUUUAUAUUGUAUUCGAGACUUUCCUAAUAAUUUUAUACCAUCAUGCUUCAGUAUUAUGAGCAACAUGUCUUCCCAAGGAAUACCAAUGAUGAAUGCAAUGCAAAAUAUCAUUGAAACAAUCUCCAACAUAACUAAGUGUUUGGAAAUAGAAAUUAAGAAAUUAUACAAAAAGUUAUACGAAAUCGUAGAACAAAAUUUCCAAAGUAUGUGUACAUAAUUUCAAUUAUAAAUUAUUUAUGGGUCAAUAUAACUCUAUUUUUACCUGCAUUACAAUAUACAUAAACAUAUAUGUAUAGUAUAAAUUUAACUUCGAAAAGUAAACAUAAUCUCAUAUCGUAUUUGUUCGAUAAAGAUGCAGCUCUUGAUUUACUACCGUAUAUUCCACACUAUUUCAUUAAGAUAUACACAUAGUUUUAAUAUUUUCCAAAUUAUACAGAUAUUUGUAAUUAUGGGUAAAUCCUGGUGAGGCAGCCCAAGUUUUCGACUGUACUAAAGAACCACCUUAAAAGAAUAAAAA